AUGGGCUCGACAAAGCUUCUCAUCACUGGCGCGACCGGGUACAUCGGCGGGUCGGUGCUCUCAACGCUGCUCGCGUCGUCUAACCCGCAAAUCAAGGACCUGAGCAUCUCAGCCCUAGUCCGCAAGCCGGAGCACGCCGAACUGCUCAAGAAAAAGGGCGUCAAUGGAAUCGUCUUCCCUGGACUUGACGAUUUCGAGGCCGUGAGGAAGGCGGCCAGCCAGCAUGACAUUGUCCUUAACUCGGCGCUCGCCUUCCACCCCAAGGCGGCCGAGGCUAUCAUCGAGGGACUGGCGGAGCGGCAGAAGGAGACGGGGAAACCGGCGUACCUCAUUCACACCUCAGGAACGUCGAGCCUGGGAGACCGGCCCAUCACGGGCACAUACACAGAGACACACGUCUUCUCCGACGAGGCCGACGACAUAUAUGCCUACGAGCGGCGGCGCGAGGACCUCGAAAAGUACCCGCAGCGCACGACGGACCUGGUCGUCCUCGAAAAGGGCGAGGCGGCAGGCGUCAAGACCUACAUCCUCAUGUCGCCGACCAUCUACGGCAUCGGUAGCGGACUCUUCAACCGCACGUCGAUCCAGAUCGACGCCAUUAUGCGAGCGGCCAAGCGACAAGGCUUCACGUCGGUCAUGGGCCCCGGCAAGGCUCAGUGGGACCAUGUGCACAUCGAGGACCUGACGCAGCUGUACGAGCUGGUGUUGGCCAAGCUGCUGCGCGGCGGCGACGAAGCGGCGGCGCUGCCGUCCAACAAGAAGGGUGUCUACUUCAACGAGACGGGCCAUCAUACGUGGCGCGAUGUGUCGGAGCGCGUCGCUCGCUCGGGCCGCGAGGCGGGCUUCCUGCCGACCGACGAGGUGAGAGAGCAGUCGCUGGCCGUCGCGGCCGAGGCGUUUGGCGGCAAGACGCUGCCGGCCGAGUUUGCGGAGCUGGGGUUCGCGUCGCAUUCGCGGACGAGGGCGGACCUGGCGCGCAAGAUUGGCUGGGCGCCAACCAAGACACGCAGGGACUUUGAGGAGAGCUUUGCCGAGGAGUGGAAGGUCAUUGGCAACGAGCUGUAA